AGGGGAAUAAAAAGGGGAAUUUACUUAGGAGGAGGAAAGGGAAAGGGGGAAGGAAGUAGAAGAGACGCAGAAGGAAGCAAAUAGCUGUCUUUGUUAUUGCAGGUGAUAGUGUCCCUCUGGCAGGGCCACCUAACACAGAAUAGACAGCCAACUGAAACCCAACUCUCAAAACUCAACUCAAUCUGUCUGACUUUGGGCGGUUGAUUCAUUCUCCAUUUCUUAAAUCUCUGUUCCUUCUUGGAUCCCACCCAAUCCAACCCAACCCAGUUUCAUCAUCCAAUCCCUUCAAAGGCACUUCUCAAUUUCCCUUGCUACACACAACAAACAAACUAGGUUUUCUUUGUGGGUAUAUAUAUAUAUAUAUAUAUAGAUUAUCGGAUUCAUUCAGUUUCAGGCUUCAAUUCAAUCAGAGAGGUAGAGGGUGCAAUGGCGAAUCAAGAUCUAGAGAGCAGGGAAGCCAAUAAGAGAAGAGGCGGCGCGGCCUAUACGUCGACCCAUUACUCUCCCUCUUACUUCGCGGAGUCCACAGAGACUAUGUGGACUUCGUGGUUGGUUCCGAUGAUUGUGGUGGCGAAUGUGGGAAUGUUCGUUGUGAUUAUGUUCGUCAACAAUUGCCCCAAGAACAAUAUAGGUUUCGACGGCGGAUGCGUCGCCAAGUUUCUUGGCAGGCUCUCCUUCCAGCCUCUCAAGGAGAACCCUCUAUUUGGCCCCUCUUCUUCCACACUAGAAAAAUUGGGAGCUUUAGAGUGGAAUAAGGUAGUCCAUGGUCAUCAGGGGUGGAGACUCAUCUCUUGCAUUUGGUUGCAUGCGGGUGUUAUUCAUCUGCUAGCAAACAUGUUGAGCUUGGUGUUUAUCGGGAUCCGCCUUGAACAGCAAUUUGGGUUUGUGCGAGUUGGGGCACUCUACCUGUUAUCCGGAUUUGGUGGGAGCAUUCUUUCUUCCCUUUUCAUCCAACGCAAUAUUUCUGUUGGUGCUUCUGGUGCUCUGUUUGGACUUCUGGGAGCAAUGCUAUCUGAACUACUGACUAAUUGGACAAUUUAUACCAAUAAGGCUGCUGCUUUAGUUACCCUUUUGAUUAUCAUUGCCGUCAACUUGGCACUUGGGAUUCUUCCUCAUGUUGACAACUUUGCACACAUUGGAGGAUUCUUGACAGGUUUUCUCCUUGGUUUUGUAUUGUUACUGCGCCCCCAGUUUGGUUGGCUGGAACGCCGACAUCUUCCAGCUGAUGCCCGAGCCAAAUCCAAGUAUACCAUCUACCAAUAUGCAUUCUGGGCGGUUGCUGUUGCUUUGCUGAUUCUUGGUUCUAAAUCCUAUCCGUUCUUCUUCAGAUUUGCAUUGGGACUAGUGAUGCUGUUUGAAGGGAAGAACGGAAAUGAACAUUGCAGCUGGUGCCAUUACCUCAGUUGUGUGCCAACCUCAAGAUGGAAAUGCAACAACUAAUCUGAAGAAUCUCAGCAGUUUUCUCUCCCAUUUUUUCUGUUCAUCUCCAUCAUCCCCCUUCUCUUCUGUCCUCUUCUUUUUUCUUUCUUUUUUUAAUGUUGGGAUUAUGGGUAUUAUUUGUUUAUUUCAUUUGUAUAAUUCUGCUUGUGUACAUUCAUCCUAUGAACCAUGUUCUCUCUCUCUCUCUCUCUCACUCUCUCUCUCUCUCUUGUGUUGGAAGUCUCAGAACUUUUCCAUUAUGUAUACUAAUGACAGUUACAGUCGGUGGAUUUUUUCCUUUAAAAUAGAUAAGCUGAUUCUUUCCCCCC